AUACCACCAGCAGCUUCCAUAAUGGCAGCAGGAGUAGCAGCAUGGCUGCCUUUUGCCCGAGCAGCAGCAAUAGGAUGGAUGCCAGUGGCCUCCAACCCUAUGCCAAAUGCACCUCAGCAGGAGAGGAAACGUAGUCAGGAUUCUCUGAUUGUGCUGAAUGUGAGUGGCACCCAGUUCCAGACCUGGCUGAACACCCUCGAACGCUAUCCUGAUACCCUUCUGGGCAGCUCAGAGAGGGACUUCUUCUACCACCCAGAGUCACAGCAAUACUUUUUUGACCGGGAUCCUGACAUCUUCCGACACAUCCUCAAUUUCUAUAGAACAGGGAAGCUACACUAUCCCCGUCAAGAGUGCAUCUCAGCCUAUGAUGAGGAGCUGGCCUUCUUUGGUAUUAUCCCUGAAAUUAUUGGCGAUUGCUGCUAUGAGGAGUACAAGGAUCGACGACGGGAAAACGCUGAACGCCUUCAGGAUGAUGCUGAUCAGGAUAAUGCCAACGAGUGCCAUCUUCCUUCCAUGACAGCUCGAGAGAGGAUGUGGCGGGCCUUUGAGAAUCCACACACCAGCACACUGGCCCUGGUUUUUUACUAUGUUACUGGCUUUUUCAUUGCUGUUUCUGUCAUGGCGAAUGUGGUGGAGACUGUGCCCUGUGGGAUGACUCCUGGUGCCAUCAAGGAGUUGUCCUGUGGAGAGCACUAUGCUGUGGCUUUCUUCUGCCUAGAUACAGCUUGUGUCAUGAUCUUUACUGUUGAGUAUCUUUUGCGCCUGGUGGCUGCUCCCAGCCGGUACAAGUUUGUCCGUAGCGUCAUGAGCAUCAUUGAUGUCGUGGCAAUUAUGCCAUAUUACAUUGGUCUGGUGAUGACCAACAAUGAGGAUGUCAGUGGGGCUUUUGUAACCCUGCGUGUCUUCCGGGUCUUCCGGAUCUUUAAAUUUUCACGCCACUCACAGGGUCUACGCAUCCUCGGCUACACUCUGAAAAGCUGUGCAUCAGAACUUGGCUUUCUCCUUUUUUCUCUCACUAUGGCCAUCAUAAUCUUUGCUACAGUCAUGUUCUAUGCUGAAAAAGGUUCGUCUUCCAGCAAGUUCACCAGCAUUCCUGCUGCUUUCUGGUAUACCAUUGUUACUAUGACCACCUUGGGGUAUGGUGACAUGGUGCCGAAGACAAUAGCUGGGAAGAUAUUUGGUUCCAUUUGUUCUCUCAGCGGGGUCUUAGUCAUUGCUCUUCCAGUUCCAGUCAUUGUCUCCAACUUCAGUCGCAUCUAUCAUCAGAACCAACGAGCCGAUAAGCGCAAGGCACAAAAGAAAGCCCGGCUUGCAAGGAUCCGUGCAGCAAAGAGUGGGAGUGCAAAUGCUUACAUGCAGAGCAAGAGAAACGGCUUCCUCCAUAAGCAGCUGCAGCUAUAUGGUGAAGAACAAGAGGCCUUUGUUAACAAAUCUGGUUCUUCCUUUGAAAUCCAGCACCACCAUCUGCUUCACUGUCUGGAAAAAACCACGUCACUACCAUUUCAUUCAUGCUGCCUUUUUCUAUCUAUGUCUACGGCCCAGAACCAUGACUUUGUGGAUGAGCAAACCUAUGAAGAAAACUGUAUGGACGUUUCUACAGUCAACCGGCAAUCUAGCCAUAGUCCUUCUCUUUCUUCUCAACAAGGAAUGACAAGCUCUUGCUGUUCCCGACGACAUAAAAAGACAUUCCGCAUCCCAAACACCAAUAUAAUCAGUAGCCGUCCAAGUAGUGUCCAAGAACUCAGCACUAUUCAGAUCAGAUGCAUGGAAAGAACACCUCUGUCCAACAGUCGAUCCAGUUUAAACGCCAAAAUGGAAGAGUGUGUAAAACUAAACUGUGAGCAGCCUUAUGUAACCACAGCAAUAAUCAGCAUCCCAACACCACCUGUGACUACCCCGGAAGGAGAUAAUAGACACGAUUCUCCACAGUAUUCAGGAGGAAACAUCGUCCGAGUAUCUGCUUUAUAAAACAGGUAGACUAAAGACCAUUGAGUAGCUGUCAAGAUUCAGAAGAAGGAGGGAUAUAUCUCUGGGUUAAAAAGAACAGCCACAGAUAAUGGAAGGAUUCCAGAGAUACGAAGUAUGCUAAGUUUUCAAUAUUGAACUGUCUGCAGUGAACAACCAAAUUGAAUUUCUAUAUGAACUGGACCUUUUCUGGAAUAAACUCUUGUGUGACUCUUUUCAUUUACUGUACGAGCACAAUGAAAUGUCUCCCAUUAAAACUUCUUCUUACUAUGGGAAUGUAGAAAAGAAUCUUUUUAAUAAAAUACCUAUUAAAAAAAACAAAAACAAAGACACAUACCACCAUUCACAGAGUUUAUUUUCCAGCCAAAUGCAAAAUUAAGGAUGGACCCAGUUUUGAUAACGUGUUCUCUUUUUUCCUAUUGAUAAACCAUGAACUCAUCAAUCAACUGACUUCAAAAGAGAGAAAAAUGGCUCAUCUAGUAUGUAUACCGAUUGAAAGAAACAACUCCUAUGCAUGUGAAAAUUCUUUGGAGCUGUGAUCUGAAUUUACUUCUGUUGUUUACUUCAGACUAGGCAUGAUAACAUUUUACUGUAAAAAAGGGGCAUUUCUGUGCACUUAUAAAAACUGAUUGUUAAUGUUCCAUGGUGUACAAAUAAUUUGCUGGAGAGGGGUGGGAUGGGGAGAGAAAAAUGUCAUAUUCAAAACACACAUUAGUGAACUUGAGGUGUUCAGUUAGUUUAGUAUUUAUGAUUGUUUUCCCUUGCUUCCUCGGUACUGUUACAACUGCAAUAAUUUAAUAUACAUCUGUUGUAUCAGGAAUCAGUCUUUUAUUUCUAUAACUGCACAAAUCAGCUAUAAAAUAAAAACCCACGUUGAUAAUCAAUACAUUAUGUAACAUGAGAAAGUUUAAUGUUUUAAUUAAGGCCAACAAUAAUUCUGUCAAUUUUUUUUUGUUUUUCCAUUAUCCUACAAUUCUUCAAAGCCAAUCUUUGCUUUUCAUUAUAUCUUUUGUUCUCCUUUGAAUACAAAGUUUUCCUAUAUGUUUUUUUAAAAAAAACCUUGAUCUAUAAGCACCAUUCUAUAGUGUAUGUUUUCUGAACUAAUUAAGUCUUCCUAAUGUGAUGUAACAAGGUAGCUGACAUCUGAUAUAAAACUAACAUGAUGUAGCAGUAAAGUCCUCUAAAACUGCUCUAUAAUGAUGUUGGAUAAACUAAACACUGGAAGUCGUGCAGAUAAGAUUUGCUGAAGAUUACAUAAAUCUGUUUGUCAAAUCUGUUCUGAAGCACUAGAUCAGAUAGCAUAACAGGUGCAUUCAUAGUGAAGUUUGAAAAAGUCAAGAUGGCCACCAUGACAUCAUCAAGGCCUGCCCCCUUUUUUGCAUGAGGCACCAUUGCAAGACUAGCCCCAUCUUUACUUUUUUAAGUAUUUCCCUUCGUGGAUGUCUAAUAUUCUAAAAUGGAUAACAGUUGACAUUAAAACUUUAGAUCAGAACUACAAGAGUGUAUUACCAUAGGAUCAGUACAUAUAUUUUAUCAUGUAGUCUUUUGUUUCACUAUCUAAAGGAUUUUUAAAAUGCUGCUUUUUCAAAAACCCAGUUUCAAAAACCCAACUUUCUUCAACUGUUUCAUCAGUUAUUGUUAUGUUUAGGAAUGUGAUCAUUUUCUAUUAUUUCACCUUAUUAAACAAAGCAGUUGACAAAAUAUAACCAAAUCUGGAAAGACUUUCUAAAGAAAUUGAUAUAUGGGCCAAUAUGAAAUUGUAUUUAACCUGAGAAAUGUCUUUACCUGAGAUAUGGAAGAAUGUCUGUAAAUGUCUUCACUGGUGUAAUACUAAAAAUUAUAGAGAUAGUCCUCAACUUACAAUGAUUCAUUUAAUCACCAUUCAAAGUUAUGAUGGUGCUAAAAAAGUAAUUUACAACCAAUUGUGGCAUUUGCAACUGUCACAGUCCCCAUGGUCAUGUGAUCAAAAUUUGUGGACUUGGCAAUCACCAUUUAUUUUUAAUUUGUUUAUUUUUUUAAAAAAAAACUCUCCCAUAUUUAUUAUUUUUUUAUAAAUAGUUCAAGAUGGACAACAUAUCUGAUGCUCCUUCCUCCUCCUAUUUUCCUCACAAUGACCUGUGAGGUAGUUGGACUGAGAGAGUGAGUGAUUGGUCCAAAGUCACCCAGCUGUCAUGAAUUUACAAUGAUCAGGUGAUUCACCAUUCAUGAUCUUGCCAGCUGGCUUCUGAUAAUCAAAGCCAAUGGGAGAAACAAGAUUCACUUAAAAAUCACAAUUCACUUAACAACCACAUUGAUUUACUUAGCAAUUGUGACCAAAAAAGAUCACAACAUUGAGCACAAUUUACUUACCAUCUCGCUUAGCAAUAGAAGUUCUGGUCCCAAAUGUGGUUAUAGGUUGAGGACAGUCCGUAUAUUGGAUGUUGGUAAUCAGACCAUUCUUCUCUGUUUCUAAACAGUCUAGUUUAAAUUACCUGCAACACUUGUAUUAUUAUGUGACCAGUGGUACAACCCAAAGCAUCUCAUUUCUCCAGUGCGCUGGAGCAGGCAUUAGGGCAAGAUAUUCACCCCAUAACUAUGAAUGGAUUUGUCUUGACUUAUUGCAUUAGUUUAGGGGUGAUUUUCCCCUGGGAAACCACAGGGUAGGUAAGCAGGCAAAACUGCAAUAGAAUCUGUGGUGGCUUUCUCAGAGACCAAUCCAAACAAGAACUAAUUCAAAUGGAUGCAACAUCAUAUAGCAAUAGCAAUUAACCUCUCUCCCUUUGAACAGUAUACCUUUCAAUUGGACUGUUUCAAAGGAAAAAUAAACACAAUAUUUAAUGCUAUACUGCCACAGCAGUAUAGAAACACCCAUGCAAUUAUUUUUAUUACAUUGACACUUUUUACUGCCACAUCUGGCUCUAAAGUUGGUUAUGCCAACUCCAUGCCAACUUUCUAUAAAAAUGUAGCCACAAGGUAGGCUCAAGGUGAAAAAUAUCAUGUUUUAUCCUCCCUUUCCGUCAUCUGGUUAUGAUAAACCUUAAUAAAGAAUAACAAUUAUUAGAACCACUAUUUUAAUAUUGAUUUGCAUUUGAGGUCCUUGCCCCACACUGAUUCUAUUGAAUGUUCUGUUUUGCAUUGUAAUUCCCUUAAAUUAUUCUUCCAAAACCCCGGGACUAUUUUAUUCUUCAAUGGACGUAUAUUUUAAGUUACUGUUUAACUUUCUCUUCCACAGCAGUUUUUUCUCCAUUUUGAUAAUCUUUGCUCCUGCUGAGUUCUGUCUUGACUUUUUGUAUAAAGCAUGCUAGACGAUUUUGAAGGAGUCCUUCAUUUCACCGUGCAAGGCGUGCAGAUGUGCAGUGGGUGUUAAUAAAAAGGAAAACAAUAAUUCAAAAUGUACAAUCUCUACUCACAGCUAUAUUUUGUAUUACUAACUCACUCUUUGUACUUUAUGCUGUAGGGGUUUUGGGUUUUAGUAAUACCCAAAUACUAAAUACAAUUUUCACCAGUUUCUUCUCUUGAAAUAUCACCGGGUACAUUAAUUACAUUUGUGGAUGCUACUUUGCAGACAGAACCUGACAGUCACAAACAGCUCCUGGUGAGCUGUGUGCAGAAACAGAUUUUAUCACUAACCUGCUGAAUUCAGUCCACAUAUAGCAAUGAAAUGGAGUUCAAACUUCAUGUCUCACAAAGGGUCCACCUAUCGCUCUAGCUUGUGCAUAAGGUAUAUUGAUUUAUGGCUACAACAGCCUUACUACUACCUCUUUCUUUUCCUAUAUUUUUUUCAGUCAAGGCCAACUCUGUUCUAAAUUAGGAGCUUUAUAAGCCAGUUCUGAUAUUCCAGGAUUUAAAAAUUUAGUCUUCGGUAAUGCUCUGAGAGCAUAAAUGGGGAAGCUGGAACACCGGUACUUAGAGAACAGGAUACAGUCUAGCAUUAUGUUUGUCUUGACUCCUCUGCUCUUGUGUUCGGUAAAAUUUUGCAUAAUGCUAGCCACCCAUCACACAGCUACUAUUGUUUUCUCUGAAAUGCAGAAGCUAAACAUUGUUUUAGGUGAUUUAAAUGCUGUUUUUUUUUUGUAGUGA